UAGCUGACACUGCAAACAUCAAACGUAAACAACAACAAAACACUUCGCUCAACUAAACAAUUACAGAUCUCUUGCGAGUUUGGUUUAGCUUGAGGUGUGCAUCGUGCUGAAGAUACAAAUUCAAUAAAUCCUCCCCGGGCUGUGUGAAUUCAACCCCAAUACCAUGGAGGACGAGUACGGUGUAACAGAUUCACCCCGGAAAGGGCCCACCCUCUCAACGUCAACCUCUAGCUUCGAACCGUUCGACGCCCACGAUCCGAAUCUUUCGCGAUUAGCAACGAAAAUGUUCCAGAAGACAGGGGAAUACAUUACGCACGAACUAGUUUCCACGGUGGAUGAUUACAAGCUAAUCGAAAACAUGAAUCGCGCAAUGAUGAGGAAGGUUACGGAUAUGCGACAAAUGUCGCAGUCGAUUGCAGCGAAAAACACAGAACUGAAUCAAAAGUAUGAGGAACUGAAACCGCUGUUGCAAAGGAUCGACGACAUUGAAACAACGGUGGACAAGCUUGAAGCAGCUGCCUAUCAACUGGAUUCGUACUCUAUUCGUUUAGAGAACAAAUUCAAGUCACUAAAGACAAAACAGUAAAAACAGAAUCCGCGUUAGAUGAUAUAUUUAUUCAUACAGCAAUACACAAAGUUGAACGGCGCGUGGUCGUCAGCCAAGAAUUAAUUUAAACAUUAUUGCUAUUAUGUUAAGGAAUAUUAAAGGAACUGUAAAUAAAGACGAACAAGUACGUAAAUACAUUA